CAUUUUUUGUUCUUCCUGGAUUAACCAUCAAAAUAUUUAAUACGGUAAUCACAAUCGUAGACUUUGAAAAUUAAUUAAUGCGUAAAAGAGAUUGCAACACAGGCAUAAAAGAUCGCUCAUCAAAGGCAUAAAAGAUCCCAGACCAAAUUAUAAUCACUAAAAUAGUGACUAAAAUAGAUAAAGAAGUAUGUUGGAUAUUUACGUGGAUUAUAUAUCUGCUCCAAGCAGAGCUGUCUUAUUGCUGCUUAAGACACAGAAGGUGGAAUACAAGGAAAAUAUAGUGCAACUAGCAAAAGGGGAACACAAAAGCGAUAGAUAUAAGAAGAUAAAUCCAUUCGGACUUGUUCCAGCAUUGGUGGACGAUAGUUUCGCCCUGACUGAAAGCUCUGCGAUACUACGUUACAUUGCAACGUCAAAACCCAUGACAACCAAUGUGUAUCCUAGCAACCAGCAAAGCAGAGCACGUGUUGAUGAAUACCUAUCUUGGCAUCAAAGCAACAUUAGGAAACAUACAGGCAGUUACUUCAAAUAUAAGAUAGUCGACAAGCUGAUGUUAAAACUGCCAAUUGACGAGAACAAAGUCACUGAACACGCAGGAGAACUUAAUAAACGUAUUAAUGAACUAGCCAAUAUAUGGCUGAAAACUGGUCCAUAUAUGGCAGGGGGAGAGCUCACUCUCGCAGACAUCCAAUGUAUCACUGAGCUAAUUCAAGUUCGAGCUGCGGGAUUUGAAAUCAAGGAGAACGUGGUUCUUGAAUGGAUUGAACGUGUGAGGGAGAGUUUAGCUCCACAUUUUGAUGACAUGCACAGAGAUAUUGAGAAAUUGUGUGCAACAUUGAGAUGCUCGGGCCUUAAACAUGAGUAGAGCCUAUGUGCAUGGUUCUUGGUGUAGCUAUAGGUUAAAUAAGGGACAGAGAACCACAUUCAUUACAGUUUAACAGGCCGAGACGUCGCACCUUACAGAAUAACCUUAAAAUGAAAGAUUAUCCAGAAAUAUGGUCAGAACUGUCGAACCUAUUAGAAAAUAGGCGUAGACUUGGACUGAUGAGAUCAGUAUAACUGAUUCUGAACUCGUCUAUCCAAGUAUUCCUACCUCCAGACCCCUGCUCAUUUUUCUGAUUGGCCCAAGUAUCCAGUGUUUACUUAUUGUGUCAAGUGCAUUAUAUAGAUGCGUACGUUGUUGUCUUUCAAUAACUCAGAUACGAGUGGGUCGUUACCAGUUUCACCACCAAGUGGCUCAUUCGGUUCAGAUAGCAUGUCAGGUAUAGCAGAGAGUUCCCUUUUAACAUGAAUAUUCAUCAGUUUUAGUGGUUCAAUUUUCAUAUCAUCCUUAUGUAUAUAAUAGUUAUGCAAAUUAAAAUA